AUGCAGGCUGCUGGACUUGUAGCCACGGGCGCUAAUGAGCAGAGUCUAAAGGUGCAGCCGGAGCAGGUGUUGGCUGGCUUGAGAAUGAUGGUUGCAUGGGGAGGGGAGAUCAUGGGGAUGUCAGGUGGUGGAAUGAAGAUUGGUGAGACCGAGCAUCAGUAUCGUGCUGAUGAAGCCGAGGGUUUCGCAUCGAUUGAUACGAGCCAUAAAGAGAAGGACCUGGUCGACUUCGAUACCUUCGAUGAGGUGUAG